GGAGAUCAUUCUUUCGCGAUCCCUGAGAAUGAACGACACAGCUGUGUGAGCGGAGCCCCUUGCAGGUAUGCUCUUUUUAAAUUGUGGCAGUGGGUGCAGGGAGAGUAUACCCCAGGGGAUUGGGGGGGGGGGAGGGCAAAUGCUCUUUGUUAAUGUGUUAUAUGUUACACUCAGGGCGGACUGACCAUUUGGAAACUCGGGCACUGCCCGAGGGCCCGGGGUCAGUAGGGGGCCUCAUUAGAUGCCCCUGGUACCUUUUUCAUAGACUUUUUUUUGAGUUUGGGCAAGGACACAGGGGCCCCAUAAUCCCUUAUUGCCCGGGGGCCCCAUGA